AUGAGGUGGGAAGAAAUUCAUGAUUGUUUUUUUACCUCUUUUUGCACGAAAAUAGCAGUAAAAACCAUUUGAAUUUUUUUAAGUGGAAAAAAAUACCGGUACAAAAACCAUGUAAGAACUUCUCACAUAGUUUUGUUUUUCCUAAAAAAAAAUUUAAAAUGUUUUUUAGAAAAAGCAACUGUAAUUUUUGUUUCUGCCUUGCCAAAAAAAAGAGACGUGAGUUAG